UGUUUACAUCCAGGCGGCGACAGCGGGCGGCGAGCGGGUAUCUCCACCUCGGCUGUCCUUGCAACGGCUCGCCUCUCUUGGAUUUCAUAACAAUGUAACCACUGCAGCGUACAUAUGCAAAAGUUAGAUAGAAAAGUAGCAGGAAUCGUCAGGAAGACAUAGGGGAGUGAGGUAAGAAGUGAUACAAAGUGUAACAAACAAGAAGCUGUGCACGGCUAGCCGGGUGACCUGUGCUUCCUUCAACCUAUCAAGAGGAAAUAUAACGAGGCUGCAGCAUCACAACCCGCACGGCCCCAUCAAAUUCCCAAGACAAGAAAAUAUAGCUAAAGGUCAAGACUAUGAGACAAAUCUUAAGAAUUGGUUGUCAAACCAAAGCACAUUUUCUUUACUUGAGAGAGUUCCCUCUCACUUGUAGACAUGUGGCAACUCAACCCCAGAGGAUCAUGAAUAAGCUGUACAUCAGCAGAAAUACUUAUGGGGCUUUAGCACAUCCUCACCGAACACCUUUACUUUGGAGAAAUGAACACACUUACCUUAUUAGUAACUACAAAGCCCAACGAGGGAUAAGCAAGUCCAGUAAGCUUGAGAAUUCCACCACUCUGUCUCUGGAAGAUGUCAAGGUGCAACAAUACCUGAAGAAGCUGAGGGAGGACAAUGAGGCAGCACUGCGUGGGGAGAGUGACACCAGUGUACAGGCGGCUCACAGCCAGGCAUCCCUCAUGAUGCUACUGGACCAGGUUGAUAGACUGCAGUCAGACAUAAAGGAAUUGUCUGUCUUGGCUGAGAACAAUGAAGGGGACAAGGAGAUGCAAGAUAUGGCCAGAGAAGAACUGAAGGAGAUUAAAGAGAAGCUUGUUGACCUGCAGGAGGAGGUGUUCUCUGCCCUUAUCCCUGAGGAGGUGAUGGAUGGCAGGAAUGUGGUGGUGGAGGUGAGUGCAGGAGUGGGAGGGCAGGAGGCAAUGCUUUUCUGCCAGGAGGUGUUCAACAUGUACCUCUCCUAUGCACUGCACAGAGGCUGGGAGGAAGAAGUGACUGACUAUGAGACAACAGACAUUGGUGGCCUGAGACAUGGCUCCCUUGUGCUGAGUGGUGACAGCGUGUACAGCAGCCUCAAGUACGAGGGAGGCAUCCACCGUGUCCAGAGAGUGCCCAAGACAGAGAAGGCUGGCAGAAUACACACAUCCACUGUCUCUGUUGCUGUCUUGCCUCAGCCCACAGAGAUUGAUAUACAGUUGUUAGACAAGGACCUGAAGAUUGAGACCAAGAGGGCCAGUGGGGCAGGUGGGCAGCACGUCAACACCACAGACAGUGCCGUAAGAAUACUUCACCUCCCAACAGGGUUGGCAGUGGAGAGCCAAAAUGAGCGGUCACAGCAGCGGAACAGAGAGCAGUGUUUGAGGAAGCUUCGAGCUCUCCUGUAUCAGCAACAGCUUGAACAAGACACUCAGAAGUACAACUCAAGCCGGAAGUUGCAGGUUGGAGCAAAGGGACGAUCUGAAAAAAUAAGGACAUACAACUUUCCCCAAGAUCGUGUCACUGAUCACAGGCUGGGGAUCACCAUGCACAACCUGGUGGACUUUAUGAGUGGCAGUGAACAAUUCCAUGCUCUUGUCAUCCAGCUGGUGAAGGAAGGACAAAGAGAGACCCUUCAGGAGAUCAUUUGUGGCAUGAAGACCUGACCUAUCCAGCUCAUUUACAUGUUUGUGCCUCAGGUGUGACAUGGCAUCUUUUCCACCACCACAGUCAGCUGCUCCAGCUGGUCUCAAUCAUGAAAGUGUUUUCAAAAUAUUUUGUACAUUUGCCUAUGUUGGCUCCUUGUAUGACUUACCUAUUCGAAUUUUCACUCAGUAUUCCAGAUGGAUCACAAUAUCUUUGUUACAUUUAUAAAAAUAUUGUUUUGGCUUAAUUUUCUGAGAGACCUUUCUACAAGAUCACAUGUGUAGAUGUAUCAAAGGUUAUAUUCACAACAGCCUUAAUUCCUCAUAUAAAGGACACAGGUCAGAAGGAAAACAUGGUGGACAAGAUAUUAUUUAUUGAUGAGCUGAAGGCUUGUGUAUAUAAAUAUACAUCUUAGAUAUUUA